GUAUAUAUAUAUAUAUAUACAGAUAUACAACUAUUUAACAUAUAUAUAUAAUAUAAUAUUCUCUUUUUUCCUUGCUUUUAUUUUCUGGAAUAUAUAUGGCGCCGGGUACGAGGGACCUACAGCUAACGGCGGCGAGAGCAGCGUCGACGGAGGAUGACGCCGGGGCCGGGGAGGAGGUGAGGCUGCUGGAAGAAUAUUUGGAGGAGGAAGUUAUUAAUUCCUCGAAAAUACCGGCGAAUUUGAGGAGAAUUCAGGUGAGAGUUACGGGGAUGACUUGUGCUGCUUGCUCCAAUUCCGUUGAAGCUGCUCUUUCUGGACUGGACGGCGUUGCUAAAGCCUCUGUUGCCUUACUUCAGAAUAAAGCUGACGUCGUCUUUGAUCCUAGCUUGGUCAAGGAUGAAGACAUUAAAAAUGCUGUAGAAGAUGCUGGUUUUGAGGCUGAAAUUAUUCCUGAACCAAGUACUUCCCAUGCAAAGCCAAAUGGGACAUUAACAGGGCAAUUUACAAUUGGAGGUAUGACAUGUGCAGCCUGUGUAAAUUCUGUUGAGGGUAUAUUAAGAACACUUCCAGGGGUUAAAAGGGCAGUAGUUGCUUUGGCAACUUCUCUUGGAGAGGUGGAAUAUGAUCCGACCAUAGUCAGUAAGGAUGAUAUAGUCAAUGCUAUUGAAGAUGCUGGCUUUGAGGCUUCAUUUGUACAGAGCUAUGAGCAAGAUAAAAUCAUACUUGGCGUUCUAGGUGUAUCAAGUGAGCUGGAUGUACAACAAUUAGAAGAAAUACUUUGUAAUUUGAAGGGAGUGAGACAGUUCCAUUUUGACCGGAUAUUGAAAGAAGUAGAGAUCGUAUUUGAUCCUGAGGUCCUCGGUUCAAGAUCAUUGGUUGAUGCAAUUGAAGGAGAAAGCAGUGCGAAACUAAAGUUAGUUGUCAAGAACCCUUACACAAGAAUGGCAUCAAAAGAUCUACAAGAAUCAUCAGAUAUGCUUAAGCUUUUUGCUGCUAGCUUCUUUCUCAGUGUUCCUGUUAUUUUCAUGCGAUUAGUUUGUCCUCAUAUUCCAAUCUUGUAUUCUCUACUACUUCGACGAUGUGGCCCCUUCCAAAUGGGUGAUUGGCUGAAGUGGGCUUUGGUAACUAUUGUUCAGUUUGUUAUUGGUAAGCGCUUCUAUGUUGCUGCUGGCAGAGCACUCCGAAAUGGAUCAACAAACAUGGAUGUCUUGGUUGCAUUAGGAACUUCAGCUUCAUACUUUUACUCUGUAUAUGCACUAUUAUACGGUGCAGUGACUGGGUUUUGGUCUCCCACUUACUUUGAAACAAGUGCCAUGCUGAUAACCUUCGUCCUUCUGGGCAAGUACUUAGAGACUGUCGCAAAGGGAAAGACCUCAGAUGCUAUCAAAAAGCUGGUGGAACUCGCACCAGCAACGGCUACAUUGCUUCUUAAAGAUAAAGAGGGAAAGAUUGUAGGAGAAAGACAGAUUGAUGCUUUGCUUAUACAGCCUGGUGAUGUAUUAAAAGUACUUCCUGGUGCAAAGGUUCCCGUUGAUGGUGUGGUUGCAUGGGGUUCAAGCCAUGUCAACGAGAGUAUGGUUACGGGUGAAUCUGCUUCUGUUUUCAAAGAAGUGAAUUCAUCAGUCAUUGGAGGUACAAUAAACUUGCAUGGUUUGCUUCACAUACGGGCCAUGAAAGUAGGAUCUAACACUGUCUUGAGCCAGAUUAUAUCUCUGGUUGAGACUGCACAGAUGUCAAAAGCUCCCAUUCAAAAAUUUGCUGACUACAUUGCUAGUGUUUUCGUCCCUACAGUUGUUUCUAUGGCAUUUGUGACAUUAUUAUGUUGGUACUUUGCUGGGGUUCUUGGCGCCUACCCUGAAGCAUGGUUACCAGAAAAUGGAAGUCACUUUGUUUUUGCGCUCAUGUUUGCCAUAUCAGUUGUUGUAAUAGCAUGUCCAUGCGCACUUGGCUUGGCGACUCCAACUGCUGUUAUGGUUUCAACGGGUGUUGGAGCUUCUAACGGAGUGCUAAUAAAAGGAGGUGAUGCACUGGAGAGGGCACAGAAGAUUAAGUAUGUGAUUUUUGAUAAGACAGGCACCUUAACCCAAGGAAAAGCCACAGUUACUGAUGCAAAAGUUUUCACGGGAAUGGAUCGUGGCCAAUUUCUCACUUUGGUAGCUUCUGCAGAGGCUAACAGCGAACACCCAUUGGGCAAAGCAAUUUUGGAGUAUGCACGCCAUUUCCAUUUCUUUGAUCAAUCUUCUGGUGCUACAAAGGAUGGCAAAAACUACAGCAUCGAGACAAAGUACCCUGGCUGGCUUCUUGAUGUUUCAGAUUUUUCUGCAGUGCCUGGAAAAGGUGUAAAGUGCUUUACAGAUGGAAAACAGGUUCUGGUUGGUAACCGGAAGCUGUUGACUGAGAGUGGGGUUGUUAUACCUAAUCAUGCAGAAAAUUUUGUUGUGGAGUUGGAAGAAAGUGCAAAAACUGGCAUCCUUGUUGCAUAUAAUAAUGUUCUUAUUGGUGUCAUUGGUAUAGCGGAUCCGUUAAAGAGGGAAGCUACUGUAGUCAUUGAGGGCCUAAAGAAAAUGGGCGUCUGUCCUGUUAUGGUUACUGGUGAUAAUUGGAGAACUGCUCGAGCUGUUGCCAAGGAGGUUGGUAUCCAGGAUGUAAGGGCAGAGGUGAUGCCCGCAGGUAAAGCUGAUGUUAUCCAUUCAUUCCAGAAAGGUGGAAGUGUAGUAGCAAUGGUUGGUGAUGGAAUAAAUGAUUCGCCUGCAUUAGCAGCCGCUGAUGUUGGCAUGGCCAUUGGAGCAGGAACUGAUAUUGCAAUAGAGGCUGCUGACUUCGUGUUGAUGAGGAAUAAUUUAGAAGAUGUCAUCACAGCUAUUGAUCUCUCUAGAAAGACAUUCUCACGCAUUCGUUUGAAUUAUGUCUUCGCCAUGGCUUACAAUGUGGUUGCUAUACCUGUUGCUGCUGGGGUUUUCUUUCCUUGGUUAAGAAUCACGUUGCCACCCUGGUUAGCCGGUGCAUGCAUGGCUCUUUCAUCAGUAAGUGUUGUAUGUUCUUCUUUACUACUCAGGAGGUACAGAACGCCAAGACUUACUACCAUACUGGAGAUAACCAUUGAGUAGAGAUCAGACCAUUGUUAUCAAAGUGGAGAUUGUUUCUACAUUGGUUAAAAAUGAAAUUGCCGGCCCUGAUUAGCUGGUGCAUGAAAGGAUCUUUGGUCGGUUAAAAAGUGUUGUAUGUCCUUUGCUGCUGAGUUACAGAAGCCUGAGACUCGCAACCAUACCGGAAAUAGCCAUUCCAUGGAUUGUUCCAAUGGAGGCAAAAUGAAGAUAGAAUUAGGUGCUAACUGCAUAAGUUUCUAAAGUGAGUUCCCGAUUGACUCGCGGAGGGUACGCUGCUCAGUUUUGUACAUUCCUUCACCUUUUUUUUUUUUUUUUGUUUCUCCUCCUUUCACACAGUGUAUUUUUGCUACACUGUAAAUGUCGAGUGCUGUAUCAUGGCCUAAGGCUCUUUUCUUUUUUGUAAAACUGUGCAUUAGUGCAAGAAAUUUGAAUCGAGUGUCUGUGUCUGUAUCUGUAUUCUGUUUAUAUGAGCAUGUUAACGUAUCUGUAUCGGAGGAAGUGGCCCUGGAUUUUGGCAUCA